AUGAUGACGAUGGACAUUACUAUGUACGGUCAUCAUAAUCAACACAACGCGCCCUACAACUCUUCCGAACCGAAUUAUUAUAACUAUUCCAGUGAAGUAAAUCACUCGUCUUCCCAUCAUCAGUUUCAGAACUAUUAUUCCUCCAAUUAUCAUUAUGAAGAACCUUAUUUAUACGCUACAGCUCCUGCUGACUCCGUAGAAUCACCGUCUUCUCCACAUAAUAUGAAUUAUUACUCACAUCAGCACGUCCAAGAAAAUCCUAUUGUGAAUACAGACAGCGGACUGACUUAUACAAACCUAGACUAUGCAAAUAGUACCUCUGGUUAUAGCCAGAACAACUACAAUGAAAACUAUUCUAGAACUCACCCGGAGCUCGUUCAUCACAAUGAAAGUUCCGAAGACUCGCAACUGCAAGCCAGUUAUCUUCACGAAAACAAAUAUCAGGUGGAUAUAAACGAUAGCAACUAUUUGUUAGGAUCAGGAGCUCAGAAUGCUUGUAUGGAGUUUCAGCACCUUCAUAGGUAUAAACAAGAGAUGAUACCCGCAGAAGAACAUUCGAGGUUACGACAACAUCACGGAUUGCACUCAUUAAGUUCUGCCUCCAUAGCGCAGCCAGUUUUGCCUACAUAUAAAUGGAUGCAAGUGAAAAGAAAUGUUCCUAAACCACCUGGUCAUGCACUUCAAAUUAAAUCAGAAUCUGAGUCGUGUAUUCCACUUGUUACCGUUUCAUAA